ACUAAAAAGAGACUUUUUGUUAUAAAAUACUAUAUACUUUUUGAGGAAUUUUGUGUUCUUUAUCUUUACAGAUUUUACAGAUUUUGCAGUCCCAGUCAGAUGCAGCAUAUCAGAUAUCACAACAAGUGGGUUGGCAAGACACCUUGGUUAGACUUUUUUUAAAAGCAAAUUUUGAAAAUGGAAAUUCUCUUCAUAAGCAUAGUAGGACUAUUUUACUGAAAGAAAAUAAAAAUAUAGCAACUGAAGAUACUAAGAGGAGCUUUGAAAAGACAGAUGAAGAAAAAGUCACCUCUUUUGCCUCAGCUAAUGUGUCUUCAGAUCUUUGGAGUUUGGAAGAUAAACACUCUAUAGACUCAAACACACCAUUAUUUCAAGAAGAUAGCUCUGUGGGAGAACUGUCUUUUAAGUCAGAGAAUCAAGAAGAAUUCUGGCAUAGUAACCCUUCACAUUUGAGUUUAGAUCUCAGUGGAAUUGACUCAUGUGAACUGAGUGAUAGUGGAAGCCAAAUGCCAGACAGCCUACCUAGCACGCCAUCUCCCAUAGAGUCUACUAAAUCAUUUUCUGUGCAGUCUGACAAAGAAAGUAGCAUCACAAAUGACAUGGGCUUUAGUGAUGACUUCUCUUUACUUGAAAACCAAGAGAGAUGUGAGGAGGAUCUUCUUCAAUUGCUAACAGAUAUUUUGAAUUAUGUAAUGUGUAAGGGACUAGAAAAAUCUGAUGAUGAUACUUGGAUUGAACGGGGACAAGUGUUUUCAGCACUAACUAAACCAGGAAUAUCCAUUGAGCUACUUCGACCAUCAGAGGAAAUAAAACUAAUAUUGCUACAGAAAAUGUUAGAAUGGGCAGUCACAGAAAACAGAGAAGCAAAAAGUAAUCCAGUAACUGCUGAAAAUGCCUUCCGACUCGUGCUGAUCAUUCAGGACUUUCUUCAGUCAGAGGGACUAGUUAAUUCAAACAUGUGGACUGAGAAGCUUUUAGAAGACAUCAUGCUGCUCUUUGACUGUCUGUCAGUAUGGUAUUCUGAGAGUCCAGUGUGGGUAAAACUCUCCCAAAUUCAGAUCCAGUUGCUUCUUGGAUUCAUUGGAAAGGGAAAUUUGCAGGUUUGUGCAAUGGCAUCAGCUAAGCUGAAUACCCUUCUUCAAACCAAAGUUAUUGAAAAUCAGGAUGAAGCAUGUUUCAUUUUAGGGAAACUAGAACAUGUUCUCAGUCAGUCAAUCAAGGAACAAACAGAAAUCUACUCAUUUCUGAUUCCCCUUGUCCGUACUCUGGUUUCCAAAAUUUACGAACUUCUCUUCAUGAACUUACACCUGCCUUCUUUACCUUUUACCAAUGGUAGUUCCUCAUUUUUUGAAGAUUUUCAAGAAUAUUGCAAUUCAAAUGAAUGGCAAGUUUACAUUGAAAAAUAUAUUGUACCUUAUAUGAAGCAGUAUGAAGCUCACACAUUUUAUGAUGGUCAUGAGACCAUGGCACUUUAUUGGAAGAAUUGUUAUGAAGCCUUAAUGGUGAAUAUGCAUAAACGAGACCGGGAAGGAGGGGAAAGCAAGCUCAAAUUUCAGGAGUUUUUUGUGGAACCAUUUAAUAGAAAAGCACGCCAAGAAAACUUAAGGUAUAAUAAUAUGCUUAAACAACUUAGCAGUCAACAGUUAGCCACUCUUAGACGCUGGAAGGCAGUACGGCUCUAUCUUACCUGUGAAAGGGGGCCUUGGGCUGAAAGGAAGCAGAAUCCAGUUCACUGGAAACUAGCUAAUGUAGAAAAUUAUUCCCGCAUGAGACUUAAACUGGUGCCAAAUUAUAAUUUCAGAACCCAUGAGGAAGCUAGUGCCUUAAGAGAUAAUUUAGGUAAGUUCCAAUCACUGUUUAAUUAUUUAUUAAAGAUCAGAUGUUACUGGUGCUAA